AUGAAACCAGCAUUGUGUCUGGUGGCUAUGGGGGCUCUGGUGAUGGACUCAUCCCCACAGUGCACAAAACAGCUGUUAUCAGAGCGAUUUGGCCGAGGCUCCCGGACUGUGGACCUGGAGCUAGAACUGCAGAUUGAGUUGCUGCGUGAGACGAAGCGCAAGUAUGAAAGUGUCCUGCAGCUGGGCCGGGCAUUGACAGCCCACCUCUACAGCCUGCUGCAGACCCAGCAUGCACUAGGUGAUGCCUUUGCUGACCUCAGCCAGAAGUCCCCAGAGCUUCAGGAAGAAUUUGGCUACAAUGCAGAGACCCAGAAAUUGCUAUGCAAGAAUGGGGAGACGCUUCUAGGGGCUGUGAACUUCUUUGUCUCUAGUAUCAACACACUGGUUACCAAGACCAUGGAAGACACACUCAUGACUGUCAAACAGUAUGAGGCUGCCAGGCUGGAAUAUGAUGCCUACCGAACAGACUUAGAGGAGCUGAGUCUAGGUCCCCGGGAUGCAGGGACGCGAGGUCGACUUGAGAGCGCCCAGGCUACGUUCCAAGCCCAUCGGGACAAGUAUGAGAAGCUGCGGGGAGAUGUGGCCAUCAAGCUCAAGUUCCUGGAAGAAAACAAGAUCAAGGUGAUGCACAAGCAGCUGCUGCUCUUCCACAAUGCUGUGUCCGCCUAUUUUGCUGGGAACCAGAAACAACUGGAGCAGACCCUGCAGCAGUUCAACAUCAAGCUGCGGCCUCCAGGAGCUGAAAAGCCUUCCUGGCUAGAGGAGCAGUGAGCUGCUCCCAGCCCAACUUGGCUAUCAAGAAGGACACUGGGGAGGGCAGCCCCAGGGUGGAUUGGACAUGGGACAUCCCUUGCCAUUUACCUUCUGGUUUGGGCUUCCUUUCCCUGUUGGAGUCUAACACCAGUUUUGCCCAUCCUGCCGUGGUGUGAAGAGGGCUUGUAGGCCCAGAAGUUGCUGCCCUGUCCUUUAUCUUCCUGGCCACUGGGCUUUACUCCCAGGUCUUUUCCUUCCACUCCACAGCCAAAGGCUAUGAAAAAACCACUCCCUGGCCAAUGGCAUCACUCCUCUGGCCUAGCCCCAGUUCCUGGGGUGUGUCCCCUGACCAAUGACAGGGUCUCAAAAGGCCUUGUCAGCCAAUGGCAGCUCUUCUUGGGCUCCCCUGGCCAAUGAUGUUGCGUCCAAUACCCUUUCUUCCUCUGUGCCCAUUGGAGAGAAGGGGACUGGGACCAAAGGGGUGGGGAUACUGGGGAGCCCAUUUCUGACCCUGCAUCUAAAUGGGUUUUCGCUUGCCCACCCACACACCCAGUUUAAUUGUGCUUAGAGCCCAGGAAGACUGGGAUCUAGCACUGGGAAUAAACCUUUCAUAAAAGCAGGCCCAGUGAGGUCAGUUUGUGGGGGAAUGUAGGAGGGUGGGCUGGGUAGAGCAAUGCUCAGUCCAAUCAUGCAUUCAAAUCCUUUGAAGUCAAAAGAACUGGGAUAGAUAGCUGAAAUGACAGGUUUCAGAAAUAGUCUGAAGGCCUGAUUUCCUCAUUCAAUCACAGUUGGAGCCAAAACUUUAUUUGCCCUCCAGGUCAGCACCAAGAUAGCUAUAGAUCUUAAGAGCAUAGGGUCCAGAGGGGGUUGGGUUGUCAACCUUCACGAUGCAUUCAAUCAUACACCAAAUAUUUACUGAGUGCUUUUGUUUGCCAGGCAGUGUGUUAGACCCUGGGGAAACAUAAGUGAAUAAAACACAUGGUCCCUGCCCACAGUGCUUAAAGGCCUAGUGGGGGAUAGAGACAAGUAACCAGGCAACUACAAUACAGUGAUUGUACAAAAGUACAGGGUGCUAUGGGAAUACAAACAAACUAGCAUCUGGCCUAGACAGAGGUAGAAAUGGUGAUGUCAGCUUGAAAGCUGAGACCUAAAAAGUGAAUAGAUGAUAGCAGAAAGGCCAGGAAGAAGACUGAGUAGUUCAGUUGGGAAUGAAGGGGUCAUGGCAAGAGAAAGAUUUCAAGCUAGGUAAGGACUUUGGCCUUUGGAGAAAGCAAGCUGUGAAACUUUUUAAUCAGAGGCUUGACAGCAUGGGAGAACACAGGUUGAGAAAAUUGUCAGGAGUUUAAAUUAUUCCUUCAUCUUGGGUAGUUAGUGGCCCUUGCCUUAAACUCCAAGCAUGAACCGUCUGUGAAUCUCCAUUGCAAGCACUGGAGUACCCUGUGCUGGUUGCUGGAACUUGAGUGAAAUUGAGGCAGUUCCCAUGGCUUCUGCUGCAUCCAGCUGUUGAGCCAAAAUCCAGUCCUAUGUGAGAAGUCACAAGGAAACUCCCCAGCAGCAGAGAUGUCAUCACCUCUAUUGCCCCUUGGCCAAAGGCAGCUCCAGAUUUUUCAACAUUUUCCCCUCCCACCUCUGGAAGGCUACAGGAAGGAGACACUCCAUUCAGCUGAUUCCCAAUAACACUGGGAUCCGCACAGCCUGACUACUCUUUGUCAAUGAUACUGUAAUUCCCAGGCAGGCUUUCUGAGCUUUGGAUAGCCUGUUGUCAUCUGACCAGAACUUGGUUAUUUGUGGGAGGGGGUGCUGUGCUCAUAUAAGCCCCCACUUUAUGGACCACUGAAGAUUUUUCAAAAUAAGGACACUCCAAAUGACUGGAGGCAGGGCCCAAACCUGGUUCCACUACUUUCUGAGUGAUCAGUGUUAACACCUGCGGGACUAGAACCUUGUUUCUUCCUAUG